CGAAAACUCAAACACUAUGGCGAAACUUAUCAUUCACUUCAUAUUCGCUCUUAUCGUUGUAUCUUAUUUGUUGUUGGUAUCUGAUGCGAAAUCCAAAGAUUGGCCGCCAGAAAUAGGUAAUCCCCUAAUUAAUGGUCAUAGAGUUUUUACUACUUCAACGAUCAGUCCUAUCUCUGACAUCGAACAGCAUCCGCGUUGCAAAAGAAACUCUAACUGUAACGGAAUAUGUCCUCAAACGUGCAAAUACAAAGUCUGUAUACAUAAUCAUGCAUGUGAUUGCAAUACAUGUCAUUGCUAUCUAUGUUGA